AUGAGACCGGAAACACAGGUGCUGUCCCCAGCACGACAUCUCCCAGAGCUGGGGCCAGAGGGAAGCCAUGGACAGCCCCGGGCCCUGGUCCUGCUCUUGGCGCUGCUGACGCUCUGCAUCACUGCUGGGACCCCUGAAGUAUGGGUUCAAGUUCAGAUGGAGGCCGCCAAGUCCCCGUCCUUCACUGUCCGCUGUGGAUUCCUGGGAUCUGGCUCUGUCUCCCUGGUGACUGUGAGCUCGGGGGGGCCCGAUGGUGCCGGAGGGACUAGGCUGGCUGUUUUACACCCAGAAUUUGGCAUCCAGCAGUGGUCCCCUACCCACCAGGCCCACUGGGAAACCAAAACCAGCAUCUCCCUCACCCUGGAAGGAGGGUCUGAGGGGAGAAGCCCCAGUCCCAACACCACCUUCUGCUGCAAGUUUGUUUCCUUCCCAGAGGGCUCCCAGGAGGCCUGUGGGAACCCCUUCCUCAACACGAACCAAGGGCUCCCUGCCCCUACUCCAGCUCCCAUACUGCGGGCUGACCUGGCCGGGAUCCUGGGGGUGUCAGGGGUCCUCCUCUUUGGCUGUGUCUACCUCCUCCACCUUCUGCGUCGCCAGAGGCACUGGUCUGUCACGAAGGUUCAGCCACUCCUCACCGGCCCCCAGACACAGACGCGAGCAAGGGUGACUGGCCAAGCCUCCCUGGUCUCUCUCCAUGUCCCCCACGCCACCGUCAGCACCAACAACUGCUACUGCCCGGCAACUCUGGACAUGGCCCUCCGGCCCCCACCACUGUCCCAGUGGGCAGCGCUGCCCGCCCACACAGCAUACCCACGCCAGCCACCUGCCCACUGGGCCCCCCUGCCAGCCUCUGCUCGCAACAGUUUCAUCUCCAUGGAGAAUGGACUUUAUGCUCAGGCGGGAGAGUGGCCUUUCCAAGCCAGCCCCAAUCUUGUCCCUUUCCCCAAGUCUGGGCAUGGAGCCAUGGAGGGCCAUUUAGGAGUCCAAUGAGAGGGACCCCAAAUCUGCUUGGGUUUCCUCUCCUCUCAGGCCUCUGGGUCCCCCUUCUGUUGAGCGUCUGUCCUGGGCGCCCAUCAUCUUUGCACAACUUAUUUUAUCUUAGGACUAUAUGAGUGUCUCCACACAUACCAGCCAAGGCCCCCUUUUUGCAGGCAGAGGAUGUGGUCAGCAUGUGU